AUGUUGGUUGGGUCUACGGGUCAUGGGUUAAGUGGGUCAGGUGUCGGACGGGUCACAUGGGUCGUGGGUUACAUGAGUCGUGGGUCACAUGGGUCGCGGGUCACAUGGGUCACGGUUACGGGUCACAUGGGUCGUGGGUCACAUGGGUUGCAGGUCACAUGGGUCACGGUCAUGGGUCACAUGGGCUCGGGUCACAUGGGUCGCAGGUCACAUGGGUCACGGUCACGGGUCAUAUGGGUCGGGUCACAUGGGUCACGGGUCACAUGUGGGUCGGUCAUAGCGGGUCACGGUCACGGGUCACAUGGGUCGCAGGUCACAUUGGUCACGGUCACGGGUCACAUGGGUCGCGGGUCACAUGGGUCGCGGGUCACAUGGGUCAUGGGUCACAUGGGUCGCAGGUCACAUGGGUCACGGUUACAGGUCACAUGGGUCGCGGUCACAUGGGUCGCAGGUCACAUGGGUCACGGUCACGGGUCACAUGGGUCACUAGAUGGGCAAGCUGUUAUCUGCAAGGACCAGCCGUCUCCUGACCGUCAGCCAGGGAAGAAAAUGACUGGAGUUACCGUCUCGAAAGGGUCAUUAUGUGUCAGUUAUGCAGUGCCAAAAUCAGCCAAACGUGAGGAGGCAGAUGGUGGUUCUCAACGCAUCCCCUUAUACCCCGAUGCCUGCUUUAUGCUGCUCACGUCUUGCCGGAUCCUAAAGCUUGGACCUGGUGCUGUUGGUGGACCUGGUGUUGUUGGUGGACCUGGUGCUGUUGGUGGACCUGGUGUUGUUGGAGGACCUGGUGCUGUUGGUGGACCUGGUGCUGUUGGUGGACCUGGUGUUGUUGGAGGACCUGGUGCUGUUGGUGGACCUGGUGCUGUUGGUGGACCUUCGUUCUGUUGGUGGCGGACUUGGUGA